AGGCCUGCUCAUGUGCUCAAUAGCUAUUUAAGACAGAGAAGGGCAACGGGCUGAUUCUUGGGGGAGACUUCAGUUCUGCAAACAGAGGAGCAGCAUGUACAGUCAGAGCUUGUGGAGUGUGGGUUUGGUGUGGACCUUGUGCACCACGCUCACCUUGGCCCAGUUCCCGAGGGAAUGUGUCACUCCUGAGGGGCUGCAGAGCGGCCAGUGCUGUCCAUCCCCUACAGGGGUGGCAGGAGACGAGUGUGGCUCCAGCACAGGAAGAGGCCAGUGUGUGACCAUUGAGGCUGACAGUCGGCGCCAUGGACCUCAGUACCCUUAUGCCGGGCGCGAUGACAGAGAGAGGUGGCCGCUGAGAUUCUUCAAUCGCACUUGCCGCUGUAAUGGGAAUUUCACUGGCUACAACUGUGGGCGAUGCAGACAUGGGCUAACUGGACCAAACUGUGAUCAGAGGAUCUCUGUGGUAAGGAGAAACAUCAUGCAGAUGAGCACAGCUGAGAAGCAGGCGUUUGUAAAUGCUCUGGAUCAAGCUAAAAGGACUGUCCACCCUGACCUCGUCAUCUGUACAAGACGGUACCAGGAGUUGUUUGGGCCUGAUGGCAACACCCCACAGUUUGAGAACAUCACCAUUUAUAAUUACUUUGUUUGGAGUCACUACUACUCUGUCAGUAAGACGUACCUGGGGCCAGGCCAGACCAGCUUUGGAGGUGUAGACUUCUCCCACGAGGGCCCAGGUUUUGUCACCUGGCAUCGUUUUCAUCUGCUGCAACUGGAGAGAGACAUGCAGGACAUGCUGGGCAACCCCACCUUUGCCCUGCCCUACUGGAACUUCGCCAUUGGAGGCAGCGAAUGCGACAUCUGCACAGAUGACCUGCUGGGAGCCAGGAGCACAUUUGAUAUGAGCUCCAUCAGCCCCAACUCUGUGUUCUCACAGUGGAGGGUCAUCUGCGAGAGUGUGGAUGACUACGACACUCUGGGCACCAUCUGCAACAGCACAGAGAGCAGUCCCAUCAGGAGGAAUCCAGCAGGCAACGUGGCGCGGCCCAUGGUGCAGAGGCUGCCGGAGCCCAAGGAUGUGCUGGACUGUCUGGAGAUCAACACCUUUGAUACCCCUCCUUACUACUCCACCUCCUCCGAGAGCUUCAGGAACACCAUCGAAGGCUACAGCGCCCCCCAGGGGAUGUACGACCCGGUGAUCCGCAGUCUUCACAAUCUGGCCCACCUCUUCCUCAACGGGACGGGUGGACAGACUCACCUGUCGCCCAAUGAUCCCAUCUUUGUCUUGCUUCACACCUUUACCGAUGCAAUCUUUGACGAGUGGCUCCGCAGGCAUCAACCGGGUGACACUGUUUACCCCGAUGAGAACGCUCCCAUUGGACACAACCGCAGGUUCAACAUGGUUCCUUUCUGGCCGCCUGUCACCAAUGCUGAGAUGUUUGUGCCUGCCCCAGAAAACCUGGGAUACUCAUAUGAGGUCCAGUGGCCGGCUCGUACCUUCACCCUCUCUGAGAUCAUCAGCGUAGCCGUUAUUGCUGCAGUGUUGGUUGUGGUGGUGGUUGGUAUCAUCAUAGCCUGCGCCAUGCGUUCUCACUCUUACAACUCUGCCGAGGCCCUGGAGCCGCUGCUGGCAGAAACCUACCGACGCUACUCAGAGGAAGACCGCAGGCUGGACAAAUCACAGUCUGUUGUCUAACAUUUUCAAUUAUCUUGAGAGGACCCAACAUUUACAUACAUAAAUUUGUCUUGUUUUCCUUUUUUUAAAAUGAUUCCCCCAUUUCUUCUAAUAAAGGUGAACUGGUUUUGAA